GUUUUAUUCUAAAAAAUUAGCGUGUGACGAUGGCUGUGUAGUGCAAAAGAAUAUGGACAGAUUUCUUAAAAGAAAAGCUCCAGAUGCUUCUGGACCAUGAACUUCAUCCUCAGGUAGCUAAAGCCUUUCGCCUCCACUGACUGCGCGCGCACCUCCACAAACGAACGAUGCGUUUAUACUUCACUUCAAAGAAUCAUAUACGAAUCAUAUAAAACCCAUUAACCCUUGAGAUCAUCACUUCAGACAUUACAGCACAGCUAUAACCACGAGAACAUGAUUAAAACGAAAUGGAUCAACCUCAAUUUAUUUUAUUUUAUUCGUUUCAUUAAGAUUUUUUUAAACAUGGACCUUCACUCGCAUUAAAUAGACUUAUUAUUAUUGAGCUAUCAUAGGCUCAUUUUGUAAAUGUUAGCAAUAACUGUAAACAAAAAGUGGGAGCUUCCUGCAGAUGUCAUUUCUCACGUUUACAAAAUCAGGUGUCAUUAUGUUCGCCCAUCAGUGUAAACGUCUCUACGUAUAAAGACAGAAGAAUGAGGUUUAAUCACUGUCUGAUGGAGUAGUGUAGUGACUGUGUUUAUUUGUGAAGAUUGAAAACAUGGUGCACUCCAGAAAACUUUCCGCUUUGGCUUUAUUCUUUCAGCAGUAUGUACAAAGCAAAUCGAAAUGACUAUUUUUAAAAAAGCUUUCCAUGUUUUUUUUUUGCCAUCUGGAUAUCUCUAUGGUCCCUCAUAGAUGAAUCAUAACGAUGCCUGUACAAUCGGACCUUUCAGCAAGAGUCAACUCCAAGUCACUCACUUCAUAGCCGUGCGAACUGGCACGGAACGCCUGCACUCCAGCUCGACCUGCCCACCGCAGUGACGUCAAUUUAUCCGCACUGUGACUUGCGCUAUUGCGGACGCGUCGAGUAAUAGCCCAGGUUUAACGCUAACGGUUUCUUUCAAAAUGUUCAAACGGUGCUGUGACUGAAAAAGGCUGGGAAACACUGUUCUAUGACAGGCUUUUUGCUUCUCUUUUCUUUGCUCGGCGGUAAUCAGCGCUACAGUAGCUACAGAAAUGUCUCCAGCCGGCUGUUUUAUUUGGCUCUUUAUUCUUUUACUCCUGGGACGCCGCGGCGUUCUAACUUUGCAGAAUUGCUCUGAGCUGCACAACAUCACCUGUGAUCGCAUGGGUAAUGCCAUGUUGAACACUAGUGAGAUUUACCUGAUGAGGAACGACUGCAUGUGGAGUUUUAGAGACACGGAGGAUAAAGUUCUUGAACUACUAACACCAUCUCCAAAUGUGUCUGUCCAAUGUACCUUGCAUGAAAUUCGCUUGAAGGUGCACUGUAUCACCCCAAAGUAUGAGUAUUGGGCUUGCUACAAUCUUACUAAUCAAACUAACAGUCAAACCGGUGCGCCAAGUCCUCAUGGAACAUCCAAGCAUAGAGUGCGUGAGUUGGUGAUCAUAGCUGUGGCUCUGUUUCUGAUGGCGCUGGUUGGUCUUGUCAUUGUUUCAAAAAAGGACAAAAAGGCUACUGUUAAAACAUACCUGGCCACUGCCCAGGGCAAUAAUUAAGAAGUUCCAGUCAACUGGAAAUGUUAUGAAUCAACCUGGAAGAGGACGCAUGUCUGUAUUGCCUCAAUGCACUGUGAAGAGGAUGGUCUGAAUGGCCAAAAAAUCUCCAAGGAUCACUGGAGAAUAUAUAUAUAUAUAUAUAUUCUCAAUACAAGCAAACAGCUGUAAUAGGGCUUGCUCAUAGUUCUGUGGUAGCACACUGUAGAAUGAACACAUACUAUCACACCACAGUCUGUUAUAAGGAUAUGAAGGAAUCUUUUUUUAUUGGAACUCCUUCAUUUCCUGUUCUGAUAUGAAUAUGAAAGAUUAAAAGAAUAAUAAUAAUAAUAAUAAUAAUAAUAAUAAUAAUAAUAAAUGUAAAAAAAUUUUUUAAAAAACAGCACUUGAGUUGUUUUUGUUGAGCUGUUACUAGCACACAGGUUGAGCCUCUCUAAACUCGAAGUAGCAGAUGACUCACUCACAGUCUGAGGAUGUUACACUCCUGUUUCACGCUGCCUGCAAGCCUUCAUUGUGUGUUUACAUAGCCUUGAAAAUAGGGUCAAAUCUGAUUAUGUCCUUUUGGGUAUACAGUACAGAGACAUUGUGAAAAAGUGUGAUGCUCUUGAAAGUUUAUUUUAGAAAGGGGGGAAAAAUGGGCAACAAGGUUGCCAGCUGUAUGUCAAAAUCUGGCAGAGCAACAGUGCACUUGAGGAACUGACACAAGCAAUAGAGGAAGUCAUGUGUUUUAAUAGAGGAAAAUUGUGUGCUUUAAUGGGUGUCUGAGAUAAAGAGCUUUGAGUGGGUGGAAGAGUAACCAGUGAAGGAAAUAAAUGAAUUAACUUGCAUUUACACUCACUGUGUCAGUACCUUAGCACAGGGGUUCCCAAACUUUUCCAGGGCAAGGCCCCCCAAAUGGCAUUAACAUUUCACUGAGGCCCCCCUUUUGCAAGAUGUCUUUAAAACACAGUGAAAAUACAGACUUCUGAAUAUAUCCCACUUUUUUAUUAAUAAUUACAUCUUACAUCUUUACAUUACAUUUGGAAUUGAUUGUGUGUGUGGUUGUCUGAGAUUGAGAAACAGAAAACAUACUAGUGGGAGGGAUGGGCACACCAAAUUAUUGAGGCCCCCCGGGUUCCCCCUGGCAGCCCCCAAGGGGACCGUGGCCUCCACUUUGAAAAACCCCUGCCUUAGCAUUCUCUACAACUUUAGUUCAUGAAGGAGAGGGGGAGCACACAGACACACACACACAUCUUUCCAUACAAACAAAUACAUUGUGAUCUCAGCACAAUUUGAUUGGACUUUGAGGACAUAUAAAAGCUGAACCUAACUAGAGAUGAUCUGAGAAACAGGCAGGAAUAACAAAAGCACAUGUUUAUUAUGACACUCAAAAAUAAGCCUGGGUGGAAGCUGUUGUCACUAAACAGGCUCAGGUUGUUUCAACAACAUGAGGAAUCAGGUCUUAAUUAUUCAUAAUCAUAUUUUUUUUUCAGUUUUUCUUUAUUUAUUUUUUGUAUUUUUGUGGCAUUAUCAUGUAAUAUAUAAUAUAUAAUAUACUAAUACAUAUAUGAGUGUAGUCAUGAGAUUCAGCUGUUUGUGAAACAAUGGCUUCUCAUCAUUGGAAUUGUCAUAGACUGUAUGAAAACUCUAUUGAAUACUAUAGGUUGAGCAUGCUUACCCAAAACUACAAGUAAAAGUUGUACUGUAGUAAAAGUCUCAGUAUGCAAUUACAGUGGAAAAUACAGUGAAUAGAGCUUUCAACCACAGGAAGAACACAAAAUCACUCAAUACUCUUUCCCAGUAGGUUUGCAGCUGAGCUAAUUAAUAUAGUAUUGUUUGCACUUAUAGAGUCCUACUAAAGAAACAUACAAACAUUAUCCGUUUAUCAAUCUCACAUUAUUUUGCUUAUUAUUAUUAUAAGCAUGGUUUCUCGAAACAUAAAGUGAAAGCAAGAUACAUUUACAGCAUUCACCCUCACCCAGAGUAUCUUACAGCGGUUGAGGGAUAAAGAGUUGCAGUGGUAGCUUGGCAGUUCUGAGGUUUGAACUCAGCAAACAGCUGUAAUAGGGCUUGCUCAUAGUUCUGUGG